AUGAGAAUUGCAGAAAUUCUGUUUUGGAUAACCUUGACUUUUAUUGCAACCGUCCGACCACAGGCUAAGUACUACCCUGUUGGCAAAUUCACUGAAGUGGAUGACGAAGAAUUUGUGAAUAUAGAUGAGUAUGAUGUAGAAAUCGAUGAAGAUGAUUUGAAUCUGGAUGACGAUGAAGAGUUCCCCUUUAUCGAACAUGCCAACGACGAUCUGGAUGAAGAAACUGAGGAUGGCGACGUGGACAGUUAUGAGGCAGUUACUCCAGUUACGCCCGUAAUAGAGGACAGAACUAAUCCCAGGAGUUCGAACCUCACAAAUCACCCCGUGUUGGCUUUCGCCACCGGUACCAAUAACCUCCGCAACCGACGCCUAAUCACACCACCGCUGACUGGUGCACAUUUGCGCGCGGCCUUGGUAGUGAGCUGCUUCCUCGGGGCCUUCCCAUCAGUGCUCUUGCGGGCAGUUUGCUUGGUGCACGCCAUGUAUGUGAACAAUUCGGAAUAUUCCUCGGCCACGGACUGUACUGACGUCACAAAUCACCCCGUGUUGGCUUUCGCCACCGGUACCAAUAACCUCCGCAACCGACGCCUAAUCACACCACCGCUGACUGGUGCACAUUUGCGCGCGGCCUUGGUCGUGAGCUGCUUCCUCGGGGCCUUCCCAUCAGUGCUCUUGCGGGCAGUUUGCUUGGUGCAUGCCAUGUCUGUGAACAAUUCGGAAUAUUCCUCGACCACGGACUCUACUGACGGUACGUUACAAGGCACAAGCUUGUGGACAUGCAGCUCACUCAUGGCAAUGCUUGGAUAA